AUGAGAGAACAAGGACUAAUCCACUUUGAAACGAAACUGGACGGCGUAAAGACGUACAUGAGGAUGCGGAGGGUCCCGAACCACCUCCAGGUGAAGGUGAUCAAGUGGUUCGAUUACCUCUGGCUCACCCAAAAGUGUUCAGACGAAGAGAGAGCCGUAUCGUGUCUUCCAGAUAAGUUAAAGGCUGAAAUUGCAAUCAAUGUGCAUCUAGACACCCUCAAGAGGGUAGAAAUCUUUCAAAACACUGAGGCUGGAUUCCUAUGUGAAUUGGUGCUUAGAUUAAGGCCGGUCCUGUUCUCGCCCGGGGAUUACAUUUGUAGGAAAGGCGAGGUUGGCAAAGAAAUGUACAUAGUAAACCGAGGUCGCCUUCAAGUAGUUGCAGAUAAUGGCAGGACGGUGCUGGCCACCCUUAAAGCGGGUAGUUAUUUUGGAGAAAUAUCAAUAUUAAACAUGGGCACGGCAGGUAAUCGAAGGACAGCCAGUGUACGAUCCGUUGGUUACAGCGAUUUGUUUGUAUUGAGCAAAAAGGACAUGUGGGACGUCCUGAAGGAAUAUCCUGCGGCUAGAGUUCGUUUGGAGGCAAUAGCCGUCAAGAGACUAGAGAAAUAUAAGAGAGCGCCGUUGGAGAAAGCUGCAAUGGGUCGCAGUCAGUCUACACCAGGCCUGGUGGAAUCUCGCGGUAAGGUAGCCUUGGAGGAUAUGUGGGUGCCACCGACGUUGGCCGGCUUGACGCCCGCCUACCCUAGGUCUUUAAUGGGAUCGCCACCACGACCACCACCAGACAGUCCUGGAGGAAUAUCGACCAGCAGUGGCAGGAGUCAUCAGCAAAUAUCAGCCUCACAUAGAAGAUCUGGGACGACGUUGCAGUGCGACAGCAUGACGCAGCUGGUGUCCGGGGUGGCCACGCCGCUGCUGGGCUCCCACGAGGCCCUGGAAUCGGAAAUCAAGAGGCUGCGGGAGCGCCUGCACACCGUGGAGACGGAGAACGCGGCGAUGAGCGUCAAGCUCAACCAGCAACAGUGGGAGUUGGAGAACCGCCUCGCGGAAAUCGAGAUGCAGAUCUGCGGGUCGCGCUCCACUAGCAGCCUGGGGGAGGAAGAGAACGAACGGAACCGGGAAAGUAUCAUUUAA